CUUCUUUUCUCAGGCUUUGACAACUCAGGUUCAUACUAACCCCCUCAAACCACACAGCCCGCCCAAGAUGAGUCACCGAAAGUAUGAGGCUCCCCGCCACGGCUCCCUGGCUUAUCUGCCCAGGAAGCGCGCUGCUCGUCACCGUGGAAAGGUCAAGUCCUUCCCUAAGGAUGACCCCAAGAAGCCUGUCCACCUGACAGCCGCUAUGGGUUACAAGGCUGGUAUGACCACCAUCGUUCGUGACCUCGACCGACCUGGCGCCAAGGCCAACAAGAAGGAGAUUGUUGAGGCGGUUACUAUCGUCGAUACCCCACCUAUGAUCGUUGUUGGUCUUGUGGGAUACAUCGAGACUCCCCGAGGCCUGCGAUCCCUCACCACCGUCUGGGCCGAGCAUCUGAGCGACGAGCUUAAGCGCCGAUUCUACAAGAACUGGUACAAGAGCAAGAAGAAGGCUUUCACCAAGUACGCCAAGAAGCACUCCGAGAACAACGGUGCCUCCAUCACCCGCGAGCUCGAGCGCAUCAAGAAGUACUGCACCGUCGUCCGUGUCCUUGCCCACACUCAGAUCCGAAAGACCCCUCUCAAGCAGAAGAAGGCCCACCUUAUGGAGAUCCAGGUCAACGGUGGUUCCAUCGCCGACAAGGUCUCUUUCGGUCAGGAGCUCUUCGAGAAGCCCGUUGAUAUCUCCAGCAUCUUCGAGCAGGAUGAGAUGAUUGACGUCGUUGCCGUCACCAAGGGUCACGGAUUCGAAGGUGUCACCGCCCGUUGGGGCACCAAGAAGCUUCCUCGCAAGACCCACAAGGGUCUCCGAAAGGUUGCUUGUAUCGGUGCUUGGCAUCCUUCCCACGUCCAGUGGACUGUUGCCCGUGCUGGUCAGAGGGGUUACCAUCACCGAACCUCCGUCAACCACAAGAUCUACCGCAUUGGUAAGGGCGAUGCUGACGACAACGCCGCCACUGAGAUCGAUGUCACCAAGAAGACCAUCACUCCUCUCGGUGGUUUCGUUCGCUAUGGUGAGGUCAACAACGACUUCGUCAUGGUCAAGGGUUCCAUCCCUGGUACCAAGAAGCGAGUCAUGACUCUCCGAAAGACCAUGUUCCCCCAGACCUCCCGAAGAGCCCUCGAGAAGGUCAGCCUCAAGUGGAUCGACACCUCGUCCGAGUUUGGACACGGUGCUUUCCAGACCCCUGCGGAGAAGAAGCAGUACCAGGGUACCCUCAAGAAGGAUCUUGCCUCCGCUUAGAGCGGCUGCUUGUUUUCUUUCUUAUCUUGACCAAUUCAUUGCACCGGUGUCGAGGGUUGGUUCGUUACUACUGUACGCCUUGCGUUUGGGCUGGGUUAGGUUACAACUGGCGUGGAACGUAAAAAAAAGUCCAGCCAGAAGAGGGAUGGCUUUCAAAAAUUCUAACGAGAUUCCCAAUGUUAAUAUGACUGUACCCUCGUUCUCCGGUGAAUAUGUGUUUGACUGGUGUGUGUGUGUCGCCCUCUGUAGCUGUCCAAACGAAACCUUCGUGUAGAGACAUGCAGAUAGGUACCUAUGUUGUCGUAUCGCUGAAAUUGCUUUUUUACACGCAUUCACCUCCUCUCAAUCAUCCGUCUCGAGCUGCACUGAUUCUUCAUUGGUCAAUUGACUUUUAUUUCAAGAUCUCAAGAUGCCAACCUAGCAGUACAUAAAGUGAGGCUAAAGACCCGCAGGCAAGAUAUCAC